GAGUACGGGGAACUAAAAACGUGGUUCCACCUGCUUCUAUCGUAUGGCUGCGAGUUUUAAGAAUUUUGGAAUUUGUGUGUUGAAUAGCCGGUAUUUGUUUUUUGAAGCGGUAUUCUCAAAUAAUAGGCAUCUAGCCACGAUGUCUCAAUCGUUGAAUAAAGUACCCGAUGUGGAUAUCGAUGGUCACGGAAAAUUCAAGUAUAUUUUGAUCAAAGUCCAGGACGAAGACGGUGAUGCUAGCAAAUCCAUCGUCAGAGGUUAUGCUAGGGCAGAAUACCAUGCGGACAUUUUCGAUAUAGCAAACGCAAAGGUGACGGCGAUCCCCGGUUUGACGGCAAAGUGUAUGGGUGGCGGAAGAAUCGAGCACGACCCCGACGAGAGGACCCUCAAAGUAUACGGAUAUUCUCAGGGUUAUGGAAAGGCGGAUCAUGAGAUGUCUGUUGGUAUCCUGAAAAAAAAAUACCCCAAUUACACCAUCACUUGGACAAACGAAGGGUAUUGAACUCAAAGAACAAAUAUUUUGUACUAAUAAUAUCCGUAGAAAAAAGAAAUGAUUUUUAACAAUGA